UCUGACAUAAGGAACACCUUCUUCUCUGAAAUUGGCAUUGGGAUCUCAGCCAACAGCUUCCUUCUUCUCUUUUACAUCCUCAAGUUCAUUCCUGGGCACAGGCCUAGACCCACUGACGUGCUCAUUGGUCUGCUGGCACUAAUCCACCUACUGAUGCUAAUGUUCAUAGCAUUCAUAGCCACGGACAUUUUUAUUUCUUUGAGGGGAUGGGAUGACACCAUAUGUAAACUCAUUGUCUACCUGUACAGAAUUUUUAGGGGCCUCUCGCUUUGUACCACCAGCCUGCUGAGUGUCCUCCAGGCCAUCAUCCUCAGUCCCAGAAGCUCCUGUUUAGCCAAGUUCAAGCACAAAUCUGCCCAUUACAUCUUAUGUGCCUUUCUUUUUCUGAGUGUCCUUUAUGUGCUCAUUAGCAGUCACCUCUUAGUAUCAAUUAUUGCCACUCCCAAUUUGACUUCGAAUAACUUCAUGUACGUUACUAGGUCCUGUUCUCUCCUACCCAUGAGUUACCUCAUGAAAAGCACAUUUUGUACACUGAUGGCCGUCAGGGAAGUCUUUCUUAUUAGUGUUAUGGUCAUCUCUACUUGGUACAUGGUGGCUCUCUUGUGCAGGCACAGGAAGCAGGCCCGGCAUCUUCACAGCACCAGGCUUUCUCCAAAAGCAUCCCCAGAGCAAAGAGCUAACAGGGCCUUCCUUCUGCUCAUGAGCUUCUUUGUGUUGAUGUCCAUCUUGGAUUGCUUUAUCUCCUGCUCAAGAACUAUGUUCCUGAAUGAUCCAACAUCUUACUAUAUCCGACUCUUUGUUGUCCACAGCUAUGCCACAGUCAGCCCUUUUGUGUUUAUGAACACUGAAAAACAUGUCGUUAACUUUUUCAGAUCCAUGUAUGGAAGGAUGGUAAACAUCAUAUUACUUGGGUAUAGACCAUCACGCGGCUUUCAACAUCUGGUGCUGAAACCGGGGACCAAACCACCCGGGAAGCAGGGAGGCUCCCACUGCCGGUGCUGCCAAGGAGAGCCCUCGUUUGCGGGGAGGAUUCAGAACUGCAACAUCGAGCUAGCAGAAGCCCUUAUCGCCUUCCCCGUUGUGAUCGCUGCCAUAGCCCUCUUUCUUUUGGUUUUGUGCAAACUUGAGGGCGGCCUCAGAAGGAAAGAGAUUAACCAAAGGUCAGGGCCAUUCGGCGGCUGA